AUGGAGACGUCGGGAACUGAUGCAGCCGUCACAUUCUUGAGGAAAGCUGAGGAGGAAAGCGAGGGGUAUUAUGAACUGGAGCAUCUGCCUCCACUGCUUGAAGAUGAGGAAAAUGUGUCUCUGGCAGACAUCCUCUCUUUGAGGGACAGCUGCCUCUCAGAGGAAGAGGUGUGGGCGGUGUGUGCAGAGUGUGUGCUGGCCCUGCAGAGCAUCGAACCCUCCCACCUCUUCCAUACCCUGUGUAUCACACCCGACACUCUGGCCUUCAACGCCCAUGGGAAUGUGUGCUUCAUGGAGCAGCUCAGUGAUGAUCCUGAAGGCUCCUUUGUGCCUCCGGAGUUUGACAAUACAGGCAGUACUUUUGAGGGUCAUGUUUAUUCUCUGGGCUCCACACUCUCCGCCGCACUGGACUUUGUCAUUGAGCCAGAACUGGAGACUGAACUGGGAGAAGAAAUCCAGGGCCUACUGGAGAAGAUGCAGAACGAACAACCUGAAGACAGGCCUCUCCUACAGGACAUCCUGUCUCUGGCAGAAGCAAGGCUCUCUCACACCUCCUCUGCAGCUGUGUGCCGGAAACUCUCUUCUAUCGGACGACGGGUCCUGUCAAUUGAAUCAGUAUCGACCUUUCAAGAUGGACAGGAAGGCUCCUGGGAGGCUAGAUGGCAGCAUCCCAAACCCAGAUGCCCGCUCAACAGACUGAGCUCAGUUGACAGCACUAAAGACCUAGGCAUGGACAAUGCAAAUGGCCUGUCCAGGCAGCAGGUAUGUGGGGGCUGGGACUCCUCCCUCUGGGCUGAAGAUAUGGAUGGCGGUGAAGGGAACGGCAUGAUAUUGACAGAAGAACUGGACUGCCGAUCUCAGAACAGCUCUCCAGUGAGGAGAAGGGCACAGCAGAGGUCGGGCAGGGUGAGGGGGGCUCUAAACCGCUCCUGCUCUGUGCCCGAUUCCAACAACCCCCCUUCCCUCCCCGCUGUCCCGCAUGGAGAUAUCAGCACACCUGUGUCCAACCUGACACAGAUAGGGGCAGAUGAACACUUGGACUGCAACUCACUGUGGAGCAGCACACUUAAGAGACUCAGCCGGGGAAAGUCCUGUGAUUCCUAUGAGCACAAUAGCCUUGAGGAUUGUGUUAACUCGACAGUAGACAGCCAGAAGUCACAAGGGGAGGAGGACGCAGCUGAGUCUUUACGUAUUGAGGAAACAAAGACUCAAAUGUGCCAUGAGAGUGAGGCCGAGGACUGUGCCCAGGGCAGCACCCAAGAGUCUGCGUCGUCUUGCACCUCCAGUCAUGACUCAGAAGUGGAGCACGACUCCUCCAGGGACCAGAGCUCAUUAAACCACAAACUCUACAUUCCUAACAAUCACAUGACCAAAAGCAUGCAGUGCCUCAAUGAAGAAUCUCAGGAUGAGUGGAUCUCCCUAAGAGAGUUACUUACUCGGUGUGGACGGAGGCUGACGGUGAAUGAACUAUGGGCUCUGUGUUUCACCUGCCUCUCCACACUGCAGACCUACAUUGACUUCCCAGCCUACUUAUGCCUGGACACUGUGUACGUGGGCUGCGAGGGAGAAGUGCUUUUCUUAAAACCUAAAAACAUAGGAACGUGUGAUGAAUUUUAUCUUGCUCCUGAAUAUCAAGAACAUGGAAUUAUGACUGAGAAGGCUUGUGUGUACGGGGUGGCUGCUAUUCUAUGGGCCACGGCCAAGUUCAGUUUAUCACCUAAUCAAAAGCUGGCAAUGCCUCGUAAACUGAAGAGACUGCUGCUCGAAAUGGCUAGGAGGACGCCCAUCGAGAGGCCUACCAUCGUCAUGGCUAAAAAAAGCUGUCGUGACUACUUAUCACGUCAAGGCACUACAGCUGAAACUGUGUGGACCAAGCUCAUUAACAGAGUUCACCAGCCGCUCUCAAAACCGACUGACACGGAGGAUCAGAGUGUUGUUGAUGCUGAUCACAGCUCAUUUGAGAAAUCAACACAAAUCAACAGUGGACUGUGUGUAGGCUUUGUGCCGAUGGCCACUGAGAGCCGGCUGGCUCCUGUGCCUGGCCCUGUUCCCCACAGCUACCCGGUCAAAAAGGAACUACAACUCCCAGAGGCCUUCACUUCCACUGCAACACACUUUAGCCCAAUCAUCCUGACCCAGGAAGGGGACUCAGAGGAGGAGACUCAAUACCCUGGAGCUGCAAAUGGGGGGAAUGGAAACCAUCAACACACCCAGGAAACAGGUCUUGAUUUCACAGCGCUCCCUGAGGACCCAUCGCCAACACAGGCUGAAAGUGAUGUGCAUGCAAAGAAGCCGGACUGCCCCUCGAAUCAGAGAAUCAUGAGCGCUGCAACUUCGAACGCCUCAAGUGACAGGACACCAGUCAGCUCUCCUACCGCCUCCGCUGAUGUCUCCAGCCAGGGGCCCGGUGUCUCUCUUCCUCAGCUGUCACCCCCUCGUCUCAGUGGUUGUGGUGUUUUCAACAAUUACCUCUUACAUCAGGAUCCCAAGACGGGGCAUCUCAGCCUCGUGCCUGUCCAGGUCAAGGCUCCAGAAUCUAUCCCUGGGUUUGAGAUAAAGCUACCACUGGUCCCCAAGUCUUUCCAGGGGCAAACCGCGCAUACAGAGGACUUCGAUGGCCUGCUUGAUAACUGUCUAACGCUCUCUGUGUGGCCAGAAAACCAGGAAUUUGGUCUGCCACCAUCUUGUUUCAAUGGUAGCUCCAUCACUCAUGGCAGAACCUUAGAACAAACAGCGGCUGUAGUCCAAGAUCGAAGAACCCAAGACGAGAAUGAGUCUCCAUCAGGCUCCAUCUCCCCGAGGGUUCACCCAGCCCUGCAAGAGGUGAUUGACCUGCUCAAGGGAGAGUUUGUCUUUGAAGACUGUUUGGAAAAUGGACAGGAGGACCUGGCCAUAGGGGAAUACAUCUUCACUUUGAAGAACCUCCAGUACAACACAUUCGCCAGUCUUGUGAAGGAGAGGUUUCGUCAUCUGUACUGGGAAGAUGACUUACUAGGUGUACUGCACUGCCUGGUCAACUACAGCCCAGUCUCAUUGGGCUCUAAUGAGCAGCCUCCAUCAAAGGCUCUGCAAAGGGCAGCCUCCACCUCACCCUUGAGAGCCACUGUCUGGAGAGGGAAUGGGGAAGUGUGCCUUCACGGUUGUCUCGAUUUUAAUGGAAAUAUUCACAUCGUCAGUCCUGCUGGUGUAGACGUACGAGAGAGAAAAGAGGUCCAAUCUCAUCAUGGAGAAAAUGGGGCUUUGCACAGAGGCUUUGAAUUAAGAUCGGAGCAGAAUCAAUACCAUGUCUGUCAAGACAUGAGCGCUGAUAGGAAAGGUUUGGACACAGUGGUCAGGGAGGGAGGAGAUCUUUCGGCGGGGGGCAGCGAUGAAAGCCCCUCUGAAGCCGACUCUCUGUGGGGAAGAGAGCAAAGACUGACGGGGGGCCACGAAGACCAGAUGAGCCCUGACUGCUCAGAGGACAUGGAGGAUAGUGACUCUUUGGAGACAGAGCGACUCUUCUCCCCUGGCUCCAGAGCAGAAGGAUCUGGCCGCAGCUUCAGCUCCGCAUGGACCUUGGCUUUCUUUGGGGAAGAUUGUUUCAGUCCCGAGGUAGUCCAGUAUGCCCUGAAUCUGGGACAGUACUCAGGAACGCCAUGCCUGGAUGUGAAAACACAGGAACUUCAGCAGCAGCUUAUAAUUGAAACAAGGAACUUAAAGAAAACUAGAAAUUUCUUCCAGAAGCUGAUUCAACAAGAGAGGAAAAACAAAGGUUGUGACACCAAACCGAUGCUGUCCAAACUCAAGACCCAGCUUGAAGAACUGAGAUCCAAAGUGGAGUUCCUGGAUUCUGUGAAGAAAUACCUUGAGGUACUGGAUAUGGACCAGUGGGGUCUGGAGGUUUCCCUGCUGCCCUCCUUGGCUGUCUGUGGUCCCGGCUCUUUGGACCUGCAAUCCUCUGAGGACCCUGCUGUGCUGAGCUUUGUGACCAGCAAGGGGAAGAGCACCCUGCAAGCUGGGUCUCCACUUGGUCUGAUGGCUUACCUCUAUGCCAGAAAUGCACCUCUGGAGGGCUACAUCCAGCAGUUCCUAUACACCUUCCGUUACUUCUGCACUCCUGAUCAGUUUCUCCAGUUCCUAAUGGACAAAUUCAUCAGCGCUGCAAGAGGAUGUCCAGACAUCUCAGGAGAAAAUAUAAAGGUCUUCCAUCGCAGUCUGGACCUACUCCAGGCCUGGCUAACAGACUGCAGACUGAUGGAUUUCACCCCAAAGUCCAAUCUUGUGGUGAAGUUGGAAAACUUCCUCAAUACCGAGGUGGUUUCAGUGGACAGCCGAGGGGAGGCCCUGCUCGCCGCCCUCCGCUGCUCUCCAAGGAAGAGUUGGAGCCAAGGAAGAGGAAGCCCAGUCAGCAUCGAGGAAGGUGACGACUUGUGUGCACAUUCCCCUACUGAGGAUCCAGGAAGAAAGUCUUUUCAGUGGAGGAUCUCAAGGGUGGUGGAGCCCUCGGCCUCCCUGCCUAAAGAAAAGGCCUUCUCCAUCGCUGCGGCCCUGCCCAUGCCUUGUUACAGCUCCCUCGUGGAUGAUCUCUCCAAUGUCUGUCUGCGUAGUGAGGAACGCCUCCCGUUCAGCCAGAAUGAAUACAGCGCGCAGCACACAGCACAGCAGCUCACCCUCCUGCAGCAGGAAAUUUUCCAAGGCUGCCAUCCAGCUCACUUCCUCAACUCUAGAAUACAAGGAGUCAAAGAUGUUUUGAGCCCCAACAAGAAUGUGUCUCAGCAUGUCCCACCAGCAGAGGGCAGCGGUCUGUUUUUGUGCGAGGGGACGCCAUCAGAGAGCCACCUCCAGCAGCUGCUUGCAUAUGCUGACAGUGUCACUACCUGGGUCUCCGCAGAAAUAGUCAUCUGUGACUCUAUUAAGACACAAGUGGCUUUGUUGACCAAGUUCCUGCUGAUGGGAAAACACUGCUAUGAAACAAGGAACUUUGCCACAGCCAUGCAGAUUCUCGGAGGCCUGGAGAACGUGAUUGUCAGGCAAUUACCAGCUUGGAAACAUCUGUCUUCCAAGGUGUGUGAGAUCCUGGAGGAGUUGCGAGCGGUGCAGGUGUUUCUGAAGAGUGACGACUUGUGUCUGAUGGGGGGAGAGCAGACGAGGAGGAGACCCACCCUGCCUUCAGCACACAUCCUGGCCAUGCACAUCCAGCAGCUGGAGAUAGGAGCCUUCACACUCACCACUGGAGCUUAUAAGUGGACCAAGCUAAGGAACAUAGCAAAAGUGGUGAGUCAGGUCCACGCCUUCCAGGAGGCUGUCUACCCCUACAGACCUGAUCGGGAGCUGCAGAUGUACCUUCGGGUCCGCAUCGCCCAGCUUAGCACCGCUGACAUCCACCUCUUGGCUGCCGGCAAUGAUGCCAACUUCCAGCCAUCCACCGAGCGACACACACGGCGGAUCCAGGACACAUUGAGGAGGGUGAAGGCCAGCUUCCACUGAGCCCUGCCCCAGUCACACGUCAUAAUCCAGGCCGAGAAAGCACCACGAGGUCAACGCCCCGGGUCCAAGCCCAGACUGAGGCUCCAUGCUCAAGCCAAGCUGCUGCUGCUGGUGUCCUGGUUGCAGAGCUAUGUAGCCUGAACAAGUUUGCCAACUGUUAUUUGUCUGCUUUUUUAUCACCUCUCAAAUUUGGAGAAUACGGUCAAUUUAGACUGGUAAAUUUGCACUGUAAAUUUGAAAAGUUAUUCAUGGUUCAUAUGACUUGACCCUUGACACUGCUUACAUUACACCGGCCCAACAGUUGAUCACAUACAACUUGAAUGCAUCAACUUUUGACAAUAUAAGUUUAGUUAGCAUCUAUGAUGUGACAUUCUGAUGUUUUUUUUAUCAUUAUUUGAGAACUGACCUCAUAAUUUCUCUCAUAAUUUUAGCCGUGAAUGUCUCCCUGCUGUCAUACUUGGACUAAACAUAGCAGCACUUCCAAAUACAUGUCAGAAAAUCCAAACAUUAUUUGAUGUUGCCAUAAUGAUUUCACCAGUAUGAAACAUGAAAGUCAAAAUGCAAGACCUUGUUGAAUUCAGUGGACAGCUUUCCUUUCAUCUGUCGUGCAUCUCCCUCUGAACACAUAGUUAUGUUUACUAAUAGGUGUUUACACAAAGUGAUUUAUAUAAAUAGAUUGGUAAACAGUCUGACAUUAAUUCAGUUUAUACACCACAGUGUGAAAUAAAUGAAUUCAUGAUGAAUAGUGCGCCACGAGGGGCAAAAGCUAGAUCAAUUCGUCUCUAAUGUAAAUACCUUCUGAUUUUAGAAGAUGAUUUAACAUAAUGAGAUGUCAGUGUGCAAACUAUUAUUUGAAGAAUGAUGUUAAGUCAUUGUCUAUUUUUCUAUUUUUCUGCCCUCUCUUUGCUCCAUGGUCUCCCACCAUGAAACAUACCACAGGGAUGGAAUGUGAUAUGCUAUGAAGAUGUGCUUAAUUUAGCCAA